GGAAACAUCUGUCAUUAAAACUGCAGGUAACCAUAUCGUAGAAUAAUGGCGAAAGCAAACUUUACUGAAAGUGAGAAACACUCUCAACCUGUCGAACCACUGGGAUGUUCGACUUACUUUGCUGAUGGCUUAUUCAUAUAUUUUACAACAUUCAACAUUUUUCUAUCCAUUACUGCAUUCGUUGGGAAUACUCUGAUCCUAGUCGCCCUUCAAAAGGACUCUUCGCUUCAUCCGCCGUCCAAACUCUUGCUUCGCUGUCUGGCAACAACUGAUCUCUGUGUUGGUCUUUUUACAGAACCUCUCUAUGUUACCUAUUUGCUAUCGCUGGUUUCCGAAGAAAGAGAUCCACUUUGUCGCUACGCUUUAAUCUCAUCUAAUAUAGUAGGUUAUAGUUUAUCCGCAGUGUCUUUGUUGACAGUGACUGCAAUAAGCAUGGACAGACUUCUCGCCCUGUUGUUGGGCCUGAGUUACAGACAAGUGGUAACUUCGAAGCGAACACGUGUUACUGUAGUAAUCUUUUGGGUUAUUUCCUCUGCUGCUGCUGCAUCGUAUCUUAUAACUCCCCUUAUAACCUUUUGGUGUGGCUCUAUAGGGGUAUUGCUUUGUGCAGCAACUUCGUUCGUCUCCUACACAAAGAUUUUCCUUGUACUCCGUCAACACCAAACUCGAGUGCAAGACCGACAACAACCGAGCCAAGCAAUUUCACUGAACAUAGCGCGAUACAAGAAGGCAGUGUCCAGUGCACUAUGGGUGCAGUUAGCAUUAUUUGCUUGUUAUCUACCAUAUGGUAUAGUAAGAGCUACGAUUGAUAAUGGUAAGCUAUCGCCAUCCAGUUUUCUCGCUUGGGAACUUGCAAAGACUUUGGUUUACCUUAACUCGUCGUUAAACCCGUUUCUUUACUACUGGAAGGUUGGUGGAGUAAAACAAGCAAUAAAGGAGACAAUCAGACAAGCAGUUUGCUGUUUGUCGAGUUAGUUGUUUUCCAACUAAUUCAUUUGUUAUCCUGUACGACGUAAAGCUAAACAUAAAGAUAGUUGAAAAAAGGAAAACAGAUCAAUGAUGUAUUUUCUUUUUGCUUAGUCUUAUCGCAAGUAACCUGGAUUAUUUUAUAGUAUUGAACUAUUUUGAACACCGGAAGUAUAUAAAGCAAGGGAAAACAUCUGCGGCACUUUUUCUUUUGUGUAGUUAAGCAAGACUUUCUUGAUGCUGCGUUACCAAACAAUAACACCGGACGUUUUAGUACAU